AGGCUCGCUCGACGGCAGCGUCCCUUUCUGCUGAGUUCAGAUGUUUGUCCCUAUCGUCUGUGAUGAUGCGGCCUUUGUUGUUUGCUAAUAAAUACGCCCGUACACAUUUCCCUAAUUUUUAGGUAAGGUGGAUAAUAUGAUAUGAAGCUAACGCGGAAACUGGUUCUUGCGAAGGCUAAGGCCUCCGACUUGGAAAGCGUGAAGAAACUGAACUGCUGGGGAUGCAACCUGACAGACAUCUCCAUCUUCUCACAGAUGCCCAGCAUUGAGGUGCUGACACUGAGCGUCAACAGCAUCUCGUCUCUCGCUCCUCUGGCCGGCUGCCUGUCUCUCAGCGAGCUCUACCUGAGGAGGAACCUGAUCCCCUCCCUGUCGGAGCUGUCCCACCUGCGCCCGCUGACGCGCCUCAGAGUGCUCUGGUUGGCGGAGAACCCGUGCUGUGGAGCCGACUCCAGCCGCUAUCGGCUCACGGUGCUCCGAUGCCUGCCUCGCCUGCAGAAACUCGACAAUCAAGUGGUGACCGAUGAUGAAAUUGCACUCGCUCUUGUGGAAGGCGAAGAGGUCAGCACGCCUCCAGGUAAUGCCCCAAACCAGCUUUCUAACAACGGAGUGCUGGACGCAGACACAGAGAAUGACCCGCUCAAUUACAACAUGGAGGAAACCAACAAAAUCAGAGAAGAGUUGGGAAUGAAGCCACUCUCGAGGGACAAGUUUCCGUCUCUUUCUUCUCCAUCUACUCGAGAAAAGCAAAUAAUGAAAAAGACUCACAUUCUCGAUGCAGUUUUGCUGCUGUUGAGGGAUUUGGAUGAAGAGGAGCUCCGUGUUGUGCACACGGCCGCGCAGAACAGACUCCAGACAUACACGCUGGACUCCGGAGAUGCUCGGCCAUUCACUGCCCACACUGAAAACUGCUGAAAUCCAUCACUGACCCGUUUGACAGCAUGCAUACAGGGCCCUCCCCUUACGCUCCUUUCCACCUCUAAAACAAGCCGUGCCACAGUGUCCCAGCUCACACGUUUUCCCUUUUGUGACCCCCCCCCCCACGUCACCCCCCUUUUGCAACAGGGUUGAACACUGACUGCAGUUUCCUUUGCUUUCUUUAUACAGCUGCAUGCCCACCUGCCUUGUAAGAACAAAAGAAUGUACGUUUCGCUAAAUAUGAAUCUAUUUCUGUAAUUUAAAAAAAAAAAGAAAAAAAGACAGUAACCAGCAAUAAAUUAACGCCAAGUGUUGCUUUUAAUGACUCGCAUGUAUUCUGCAAGUGUG